GAUGGGACGAAGCCGAUUGUGACAGUUCCCUCCCUCCCCCCCCUCCCCCGCUCUCCGUCUCUCUCCCCGCCCGGGCCGAGCGGGCCCUCCCCGGCCUGUCGGGAUGGAGGAGGAGAGCAUGGAGGAGGAGGGCGGCGGCGGCGGCGGCGGCAGCAUCAGUAGCAGCAGCAGCAGCUACGAGGCCUUAAUGGACGACCAAAACCACAACAACUGGGAAGCGGCGGAGGCAGCGGGAGGAGGAGGAAGGAGGGGCAGUUACGGCCACCAACCGCUGCCGCCUCCCCCGCUCUCCCCGGUGGAGGCCCGCGGAGAAUGCGCCCACAGGGGGUCCCUGGACCCGCAGGAGGAUUUCGACAUGCAGAUGCUGGCCGAGGCUGCCCAUGGGCAAAGGAAGGGCUGCGCCCCGGCGCCGGGCAAAGGAGAGGCCGCCGUAGGGAUCAACCUCAACAUCAGCUCCUCGGCCUCCAAGUUCUUAAUGAAUGUUAUAACAAUAGAAGAUUAUAAGAGCACAUAUUGGCCAAAGUUGGAUAGUGCCAUAGAUCAACUUUUAACUCAGAGUCCUGGUGACUACAUCCCCAUCUCCUAUGAGCAAAUAUACAGUUGUGUGUAUAAAUGUGUGUGCCAGCAGCAUUCGGAACAGAUGUAUAGUGACCUAAUUAAAAAGAUAACUAACCACUUAGAGAGAGUCUCAAAGGAGCUGCAGGCCAGCCCUCCAGAGCUCUACGUUGAAAGGUUUAACAUAGCACUUGGACAGUAUAUGGGAGCAUUACAGAGCAUUGUGCCUCUUUUCAUAUAUAUGAUUCAGACGUUCCACUGCCUCCAGUCCAGUUCGUUCAGGAGAAAUAAUUUUACUGAUACUGAGCCAUCUUCCCUGAAUAAAUUUUACAUAGAAACAAAGCUUAACCGUGACUUAAGAAAUGACCUUAUAAAACUGUUUACGGAACAUGUUGCAGAAAAGCACAUUUACAGCCUGAUGCCUUUACUCCUAGAAGCUCAGUCCACGCCUUUUUGGAUAAGCCCUUCCACUAUGGCAAACAUUGUGAAAGGAUUAUAUAUGCUUAGGCCAGAAUGGGUUCAGAUGGCACCAGCUUUAUUUUCUAAAUUUAUUCCAAACAUCCUCCCUCCUGCAGUAGAAUCUGAACUUGGAGAAUAUGCUGCUCAAGACCAGAAACUUCAACAAGAACUUAUUCAGGAAGGGUUUUCCAGGGGUGAUCAGUCACGUAAGAGACCUGGAGAAGAAUUAACCUACAAUGGCUCGGCAUCCUGUGCAAGUUCAAGAGGAUGCAGAUAGUGACUGUACUAGAAGUCUUUUUAUUCCCAAUCAGAGCGGACACUGGAACAGCAUAGGAGGGGGAGGUGUCCAGAGGCUCAGUUGGGUUUUACUGAUGCUCAGGUUCUUUGAUGCAAACUACAACAUAGAAGAGGACUGUGGACUUAUAUCUUGCCAUGUAAUAAAAUAUCUGUUGCUGCUAAUUUGGGGCUAACUCGAAACAAUGUGACUGGUCUUGACAAGGUUUUGUGUUGUUGUUGUUUUGCAAUACCACCAGGGAAUAAUCUUCACUGCUUAAUAGAACUUAGUAACCAAAAAGAGCAGCUUCCUUUGAAAGAAACAUUUGCACUUUUUUGUGGACCUUGCUGUUAAAACUUGUGCCCUUUAGGUUUUGUCUGGAGCUUUGUCUUUAAAAAACAGACAGACAUUGCACACACAGGUGGUUUUUCUUUUCUGCACAAGCUUUGCCUCUAACAGUUGGUUUUAUGCAGCUGACACUCUACAUUCCAGCCUUUUUGUGUGUGUUCAUUCAUUCAGCCCCCUCACCUCAGUCCCCAUUUUUGAACUAGUUUUUUCAAUGUCUUAUCUCUGCCCUCAUCUACUUGUCUUUAGCAUAUGAAGUUUGCAGUGGUCCAGCAUGAAAGAUUUCUUUUUAAGCUGUGAUUUGAUUAAACAUCCUGCACAGACUUUUCUGCAGUCCUUGGUUUUCCCUAAGAAAAGAAACUGGCUACUUAAAAAAAAUCACACACAAAUAUUAA